GCUCACAUUUUAAACGGAUAUCAAAAUUAUGAGGCAAAAUGCGCCAGUUUUAUAAACAAAGAUGUCAAAUGUCUGGGGAAUGAAGAAUUAGCGUUCUUUUAACUGACAUAAAGUCAAACAUCAUUGUUUGUGAUGUUUUACAUUCAAUAUCGAUGUGUGAAGUCAGCGAACGGGAAAUGGAAAUCAAGCGCAUGAAUUGCUUUCGUAAAAUCGCAACUUCAGGUGUUGUUUCGCUGUCACAUGAGAUAAUCUCGAGGCCUCCGUGAUGAAAAACAUUAAACUGAAUUCGACGCGGAAUCUGUGCGAACUGUUUGUACAUUCAAGUUGCUAGACGAGAACGAUGCUGUGUAAGCUUGUGGCAACAAGUAAAAGACAUUGGACAGUUGUCAAGUUAAUCCAUGUUAAAAGGAUUUUGGCUGUGCUUGAAGAGAUUCCCAAAGCCAGAGCUUGUCGUCUUCGCUUGCGUUGCUGUGCUGGUUAUUGCUUUCGGGAAGGCAAUCGACAAGUAUGUGAAGGGUAAAGUGGUAGAGGUGUAUGCACAAACAAACUCGAUAUCAAGAGAGAAUUUGGAGAUAGUACUUUGCCCGAUGCCCAGAGUCUACGGCUUGAGGAUGACACAUUUCGGCGAGAGUUUGCCGAAAUUCUUCAACAAGCUGCUAUAUGACGAUUUAAUAACACCUUUCAUGGACGACCUGGAAGUUCAGCUACGGAAAGAAUACCCACAUGCUUUUACUAGAGCGUUAAAAGAUGGCAUUCUCAAGUGCCUUGAGCAUGAGAGGGAGUUCAAGCCUACCGAUCCUCUUCCUCUACUCAUAUCUAAGAUGGCAAAUUUCGGAAGGUGCCAAGUAAGACGGCCAUUUUUCAUGCCAUUGUACUUAGCACUUGAAGACGGCACAAUGAUCAAACGGUUCCUAGACAAAUACUUCGGAACUCUCGAAGAAAUGCUUCUCGAGGAGUAUCCCGGGCUCCUCGACCAAGCCUGGGUGUUACCCUACGACAACAUGACCAUCGAGCAAAUGCUGAAUUACGUUGGUGUGAAUCUAAAACGUUACAUCGAUGAGGAUCUAUUACGGAAGUCAAUGCAGGAUAUCGCGGGACCCACGCAGACCCUGGAGGAAAGCCUGAUUGACACGCGCAUGGCGCCGAACUGCUUCCGUCAUUUGUUUAGGCACAACGAGAACCAAGGCUACCAGCGAUCCAAAAUAACCUACCAAUUUCGAAAGAGCUGUCCCAAGGAGCCCGAGAAGACGCUGAUCGGCAAGUCGCCCUGUCUGGAGACAUCCGACAUGUACAUCACCGUCUACAUCACCGCCUACAACCAGUUCACCGACGUGCCGGCCGCCAGCGUCAUCGUGCCCUACCGGGUGGCAGCUGAUGAGAACACGUUGGUGCAUGUGUCCGCGGUAAAACGGAUACACACAAAACACUGCAAGGACUAUGGUGAAGAGGAGUCUCAGGUCACAUGCAUCGAGAGCUGCCUAUACGAAAAGAUGACGUCAGAAAACAAGACAGAGGGUGACGACACUCCAAGUGAGGGCAAGAUGCGAUGUCGAGUUCCAUGGAUUGAUCGUCUGAAGCGCCGGAGCAACCUACAUGCCGUCGACCUGCCCCUCUGUCACACGAAACAAGAGCUGAAGUCAACGAUCGAGACGAUUCGCACCGUGUUCGACCUGACCGAGGCGUCCAACUGCACCAAACGAUGUCCCCGUCACUGCGACCAGCUCACCAUCACACCCCGACUGGCAGGGAGCGCUCACACUCCUCAGAACGGCAGCGCGCGCACGGCUCGCCAUCCGCGCCUCGAGGUCCUCAUCUCAGACGAGCUGCUUGUCUUCGGCGAGGCGCAGCAGUACGACUUUGGUAAAAUGGUGGCGGAGAUGUUGGGCAACUUGAGUUUCCUGGUGGGUGUGUCGCUCGUGGCGUUGUAUGAUUGGUUGAUCGGUCUGGCAUUGUGGAUGUUCGGGAAACUACCGUUCAUACCAUCCAUGCCGCCGCUCAUCAAGAGUGAAAUCUACAUGAGCGAGGCGUGUAGCUGUGCCGAAACUGAGGAGGAGCGUCGUCAUUCCCUCGAGGAUACCAUGGAUGAGAGUGCCACGUUCCUCGCGGCGUCGUUCCGUCAUCAUCGACGCGGCAGUGUGCUACGAUCCUUCAAUCCGCACGACGAUACCUCUCGACGAAGGCGAGCCAUGACGAUCAACCAGUUGCCAACCAUAGCUCUCAGGACCAGCGCCAUGGACACACUGGCUAGGACGUUCCCACCGGAAGAGAAGUCGGAAGACCAUGUGCGUACGAGCACUUCCUCUGUCGCGCGAAGCCGGUCGGUUGUGGACGAUGCUGCCAGCUCCGGGGUGGUAUCAGGAGAAGGGAGUGGCACCGUAGGGCCGCCCAAAGAGGAGGUGGUCCCCGUGCGCAGUCGGGGAUCCGUUCUGCCGUCCCUGGCUCCGCCCUCGGAGCCAAAGCAGCUCGCCGCCAAAGAGCCGAGUUUAGAGACAAAGGGAGCGGUGGAGGCUGAGCAGACUAAACCCGUGGAGGUACCCGAGGCUCGUCCGUCACGUUCAGUGCUGAAGAAGACCUCAAGUCGCAAGGUAGCUCCGGUGGAGGACGUCAGCGCACCACGAGAGCCAUCCCGGGAGCACCUCCCCAGCUUGCCCGCGCCGGCCGGCGGAGGUCUACCUAGCAUCGGUGCCCCGCGACAGGCGCAUCCCAGAGGCACGGUGACGUUUGACUUGGAUGAGGUGGAGGAUGCACUGGGCACGUCAGAGUCUGAGGUACGGCCGGCACCGGAGAGCGCUCCCGCCCCGCAGAGGCGUCACCGACCGUUCAGGAGACGAACCCAGGGCUCGACGGCGCCGACGGAAGGCCAGCCGCCGCAGUAGGCCAGUAGUCGUCGGCGUCGUUGUCGUUGAAAGACUCACUGGGGCAUCCUGGGUACCUACUUAUUGUUUUGUACUCGUUUUGUGGCUUGUUGUUUAUGUCAUUGUCAUCAAUAGCAACGAUGUGCGGAAA